UUUUUCGAUCAUAUUUGAUAAAAAAAAAAAGCACUACCCUGUUUGUCGUGACAUUAAGAAAAAAAAAAAAAGAUUGGGGUCAUGGAGGAUUACCAAAACUACAUCAUUCUCUUCUUGCUUUGGCUAGUGUCCACCAUUGUGGUACGAGCCAUAUUCACCAAGAGUAAAACCAAGGGUCGACUACCACCAAGCCCAUAUGCUCUCCCUAUCAUUGGACACCUUCACCACCUUGGUCCCUUACCACACCAAUCUCUCCACAACCUCUCAAACCGCUAUGGACCCUUAAUGCAUCUUUAUCUUGGCUCUGUCCCAACUGUAGUGGCUUCCUCUCCAGAAGUGGCCAAAGAGUUCUUCAAAACUCACGAAGCUGCCUUCUCUAGUCGCCCUCUCCCCAGUAUUCUUAACUACCUUUCUUACCCUUCACCUGACUUGACCUUUGCCCCCUACGGUCCUUACUGGAAGUUCUUGAAGAAAGUUUGCAUGUCUCAGCUUCUUGGUGGCAAAACUCUUAAUCUUCUUCUUCCAGUUAGGACCGAAGAAAGAAAGAGAUUCUUAACGUCCAUUCUUAAGAAAGCUGAGUUGAAUGAGUCUGUUAACGUUGGGAAAGAGCUGAAAAAGCUUACCAACAAUAUCAUAUCGAGAAUGAUCAUGAGCAAAAGGUGUGCCCAUAAUGAGGAUGAAGCCGAUGAGAUCACUGAUGUGGUCAACGGCUCAGCUGAGGUUGCUGGAGCUUUUAAUGUUUCUGAUUUUAUUUGGUUCUGUAAGAACUUAGACUUGCAGGGACUUAAGAAGAAGAGUACGGCCAUCCAUGAAAAGUUUGACAAAAUGGUUGAGACCAUCAUAAAAGAUCAUCGAGCACACGUACAGAAGGAAGAUAAUUUCGUUCCAAGAGAUUUUCUUGAUAUUUUGCUUCAAAUAUCUGACGAUGAAGGCUCAGACGUCAAACUAACCCAAGAAAACAUCAAGUCAUUCUUCCUGGAUGUAUUUGUAGCUGGGACAAACACGUCUUCCAUUACUUUAGAAUGGGCCCUAGCUGAGCUAGUAAAUCAUCCAAAAAUAAUGAAGAAAGCAAUGGAUGAAAUAGAUACUGUAGUUGGAAAAACAAGACUCGUAGAAGAAUCAGAUGUGGCCAACCUUCCAUACAUUCAAGCUAUUGUGAAAGAGACACUAAGACUUCACCCACCUGGGCCAAUAUUAAGCAGAAUAGCAUCUGAAACUUGCGCUAUUGAUGGCUAUGAGAUUAAACAGAACACUCGAUUAUUGAUCAAUGUUUGGGCCAUUAGCAGGGACCCAAACCACUGGGAAAACCCACUUGAGUUCAAGCCAGAAAGGUUCUACAACGAAGAAGGAAGUGAAAACUUCAAGCAAGUAGAUGUGAGGGGACAACACUUCCAGCUUCUGCCAUUUGGGAGUGGAAGAAGAGUGUGCCCUGGUACUACUCUUGGAUUGCAAGUUGUUCAUACAAACCUUGCUUCAAUGCUUCAGUGCUUUGAGUGGAAAACUGAUGGACUUGUUGACAUGGAUGAGGGAGCUGGCUUAACCCUCCCAAGGGCUCAUUCUCUAGUCUGUGCACCCAAGGCCAGACUUAGUCCACUACCGCUAUGAUUUAAAUUUUUAUCGUCGUCAGUGUUUUGAAUUUUUUUAGAAAAAUGAUUGAAUAAAAAAAACUCAGCUGUGUUAUAUAGGAAGAAAUGGAUUGAGACUUGAAUUAGGUCGAAUUCUUUUUCUGGCUGACAUAACAAACUGAGUGUAGUGCAAGUGUGCUUGGUAAAGAUUUUCUUGUUUAUUUAUCAGUAUCCGUUUACAAUUUCUAUC